GCAUUUUUUUAGUCGAUCGUAGCUUUUCACUGUGAAUGAACGUGUCCGAUUCGAGAUUGUCCCAAAAUAGAUCCAAGAGUUUUAAAAAAAAAAUCCGGAAAAUGUGCUAAUUUUCUUUUUUUUUAAUGGUUUCUUAUGAUUUAUGAGCAAUAAAAUUACAAAAAAAAACAAAGCAACUUAACACUCCUUGGUUUACUUUUUGUGUUAGACGUAGUUAGACACACGCUUUCUCUGUAAAGUCUGAUAUCGUGUUUGUAUAUAUUUUUUGUUUAAUUUAAUUGCUGAUGCCAAACGAACGCGCGGCAACGACAAAAGUUAAUUAACUUAUUCACCUAGUGGCGUAUUGGAUUACCAUCUGCAGUGCUACGAGUAGCUGCAGCAGUGCGAAUCCCAUGUGUUACAUCGUGUUUGUUCACUAUAGAUAGGACCAUAUACACGAGAAUUCUACAACAAUAAUCACGAUCGAAUUGAAACAAAAAGAAAAAGAAUUGAUAUUGAGUUAGAACUUUAGCAGCUAGACAAGACAAAUUCAAAAACCACAUCCCAUCUCCUCAUAGUUCCCAGUCCAGCCCCACAGAGAGACAAAUAUUGGCCGUGCCUGUCUGCCGUGCCCCAACCCGUGUGGUGUUGAAUAGGAAUUUAAAAACUCUUAAAAAGUGCUUAAGGAACUAUCCUCUUAAUGAAGGCUACCAAACUAAAUGAUUUUAAAUAUGGCUACUUCAACUACUGAUGAUCGUCCAAUUAGUGUUUAUGACAAUUUAAAUACAAUCUUGCCAAAUUCAAAUACAAAUUCACCAAAAACACCUAUUGUCACAAUGAAUACAAAUACAACUUCACCUUAUGCUGAUAUUUCAUUUAAAUUUGAUGCCUCAAGAUCGAACCAACAACAACAACAACAAAAUAUCACAAAUAGUCCUCUUAACCAUAAUCAUGCCAACAACAAUCAAAAUUCAAUUAAAACCCCAUCACCUAUUAUUCAUCAUUACUCACCAAACAAUAAUAUCAACAACAAUAGUCCGUACAGCCAAGUAAACAAACCCAACUCUCAGUCUCAGUCACAGUCUCAGUUAAGCCGUCCAAUUAGUCAGCAUUUAGAUACAAACGGAUAUAGCGGUAUAUCGGCUGUCAAAGCGGCGCUCAAUGAUGCCAAAUCAAAGUUUUUCGGUCUAAACGGCAAUAACAACAUUGAAGAUCCAACCGAAGAAUCUCUCUUAUCCUCCAGCAGCGUUGGAGCCCAGCCAGACCAUCAGAAGCUUUCAAUAGUACCAAAAUCCCAACCCAAAUAUCAGAAUAUCCCAGAAAAUAGUGCAAUUUUUAAAAGUGCUCAAGUUAAUGUGCCUGCAUCACCGCCAACACCUCCGCCACCACCUCCCCCUCCGCCGCCUCAUUCGUCUUCGCCAAUUCGUGAUAAUAGUAAAUCAAAUUCACCGGAAAUGAGCAGACCAAGUACAGCCUUCUCAGCGCAUUCCUCACCCAUCUCGUCAAUCGGUCCAAACUCGAAACUCAAGGACUCCCCGAACUCAGUACAAUAUUCCACAAUUCAACACAAACCAAUUUCAUCUGAAAUGGACUUUAGCAUAAGUUCACAGCCUUCACAAGCAGUCUAUAUGGCAACAACAGUACCACAAAAUAUUAAAGGAAGCAAAAUAGCAGGAAGACAUACGCCAACUAGAAACAGUCUACGUCACAGCAGAAUGCUAGUUGUCAACAAAAAUUAUAAUGGACCUCCCAUUCCAAACCCGAUGGAAUUUCGAUUCCCCAGGAUGACAAGAAUCUUACUUAUCUUAGAGGUUAUCAUUGGAAUAUUGAUAACAUUUUUAGGAGUUUGGAUUUUAUUACUUGCUCCUCAUACAGACAUUCAAGAUAAUCCCUACUGGAGUGGAUUAGCUCUUCUUUUUUCGGGUAUGCUGGGGCUUAUUUUAAUACGUUACAAGCGUAUUAAACGCCACAAACUCCGUGAGAAUUGUUUCACCUUUAUAAAAUUUGAUUCCUAUGUUCUUGCCAUUCUGGCAACUUUGCUAUGCGCUAUUGCUUUUUGUUGUGCAGCUAUUCAUAUUAUAAGGCUCCAGGCCGAUGACACCAAGUGUGUUUCAUCAGAUAUUUUAUUAGAGCAUGGUGCAUGUCAAUGCACCUUUAAUACCAACAGUAUUCCAGUCACAAAUGGAACGCUUCUAGACCUCAAUCCAGCACCAGAUAGCAGUUAUUCAGUCGUUUACAGAGAAUUAAGUUGCAGUGAGGUCAGAGGCGUUUGGAUGUCAAUUUUAAAUUUCUCAUUAGUUUUAAAUUGCAUAGGAUUUUUACUUGCAAUAAUUUAUUUAAUAUUAUUAUUUUUUUUUAGAUACCGAGAAGUUUAUACAUCGGUACAAACAAGUGUAUUUUAAAUAACAUAAGUUUUAUAAAGUAGUUAUACAAAUUUGCUUUUAAUUUUAAAAUAGUUUCCUUUUUUACCACACUUUUAAUGAAUGACUUUAAUUGUACCUCUAUAUUGUCUUUUUGUACUUAAUUUAGUUUUUAGGUAUUUUUUAUCAAUUUUAAUGAAUUUUUAGAAACAACAUUUCUGUAUGCACUUUAGUAAUUAUGUACAUACUAAUUUAAAAAUAAAUAUUAAAAUGAAACAACCUAA